AGCACUACGACUCCGACUGCAGUAAGUACUGUCCCGAUUGGGGCUGUGCUCAUGGCGCAGUCCACCGAAUCUUGUCCCGUCCCGUGUCUGGACUGAGGGUUUGUCCUGUCCCGACGCUCGCUCGCUCCGUCCCAUUGUGAUCUCCUCCAACGACCUCGCGCUACGGGACACGGCCCAGGUACCGCGGCGGGCUCAACGAGGUGCGCGGAAUGUUCUGCUACCGAGUGCGAGUGGUCCGCACGCAGUCGCCGCGCUGAUUGCACGAGCCCGGUGACGGGAUCCGAGGUCGAGGGUGGGGUCGGGAUCAGAGGAUGGCGAUGGACCUGAGAGGCUCCGGUGGGCGACGGAGUGAGGAAGGGACGGAAUUCGCAGACGCUCGGUCGGUCUGCUCCGUUGGCGUGUGACGAGGUGGAGGAAUGGAUCCACGGGUGCAGCAGGGAGGCGCUGGGCAGAAGGGCCGGCCGGAGCAAUUCUACGGGCAGAGGGGCAAGCAGCAGGUGGAGGAGCCGAGCGACCAGUACCAGCAGCAGCAGCAGCGAGGGAAGCAGGCGGACGAGCCUUAUGGGGGCCAGCAGCAGCAACGAGCAGCAGGCAGGCCAGAGGGCGAGAAGCGAGGCUGGGGCAAUGAUGCGGGCGUCGUCGGGGGCCCCCGAGGGAAGCAGCAACUCGAUCCGUUCGGGUCGAGUUUCCCUUCGCGCGGAGGGCAGGAGUCUCCACGGUUCCAGCAGGAGCCUCCUCAGAGAUUCACCGCUGCUGCCAAGGAGCCGUACGCGCAGCUUGAUUUCAACGACCCGAUUUCGCAUGUUUCCUCUUACCAUGGGGAGCAUGCGGAGCUUCAUGCCGCUCCUGGAGCUCCCGUUAACCCCGCUUUGCAUACCAUGGUGAAAAUGGUCACCAUGCUCAAUUUCAUGAAGGUUGAGCUGGGCGAGACCAAGACCUUGAGAUCCAAAGAGCAGUGGAGAGCUGCGGGGGCCGAGUUUAUUGGAACAUUAUUGUUCGUGUUUCUCGGGUGUGGUUCUGUUGUUGCCACAGGGAUUUUAGAUUCGAAGAUGACGGCAGCAAGGCUUGUAGCAAUAGCCCUUGCACACGGGCUAGCAAUUACAUUUCUGGCUGGUGCGACUGGAGCUAUCUCGGGUGGUCACUUGAACCCCGCUGUGACCCUGGCAUUUGUUGUGGCUGGAAAGGAGAGUCUAUUGCGUGCUGGUCUUUACGUUGGAUCUCAGAUAUUUGGAGGAAUCUUUGGAGCAUUGUUUUUGAAAUGGUGCACACCAGAAAGUAUGAGAGGAACGCUUGGAUCACACGAUGUCAACCCUCUCAUAUACGGCAGUCAAGCCUUUCUUAUGGAGCUUAUCUUGACAUUUGUUCUCAUAUUCGUCAUAUUUGGUGUUGCCGUUGACCGAAGGGGACCUGGUGUGAUCGCACCAAUACCCAUUGGGUUUGCAGUUGUGGUGGAUCAUCUCGUAGGGGUUCCGUUUACAGGUGCAUCCAUGAACCCGGCAAGAAGUUUCGGGCCUGCUAUUGUGUCAGGCGCAUUUGGUACUCAACACUUGCUAUAUUGGGCAGCACCAGGCUUUGGUGCAACGCUUGCCUCUGCCCUCUACAGGUACGUAUUUCUGGAACCAGCGGAAGCUGCACUAGCUGCAGCCAGUGUAGCAGCACCGGCCAAGUAGACUGACACAAUUGAUCAAGCCUAUGUUCUACGAUUGAUCCCCAUCAACUUCACUAGUAUUUAUUUCAUGAAGACGUUUUGCAGUUCUCGACUUUGUACAUGUCAAGGAUUGCCUUCAGAUGUUCCAGUGCGCAGAAAGCUCAGCAAAGUCAGGCAGAAACGUGUAGCCCUGUCUUAUGGAUGGUGGUUUGAACAUCCCUCAGAUCGUGUAACGAGUUGCGAGGAAGUCAUCGUGAGCCCAAUAAAGUCUGGAGAGGAAUAGAAUGCUUUCAGCCAUCUACAGUAUUCGCUAAUCAUUUAUGCAAGUUGUCAGAAGAUAUAAACACGGCAAUGGUGCACUUGUCCAGGAUUAUUUGAAUUAUUGCCUGGUAAGUAAUGUGAGGAUUCAGUCGGUAAGAAAUUGUAUAGUCAAAAACUUCAGAAUCCAAGAUCAUUUGUGAAAUUUCCCUGG